AUGGAAGUAGAAUAUGUUCGAAAGAGCAAAGGGAUGAGAAGGCAGUUGCUAGCUGACCACUCAUACACCGGAGAGAAACCGCCACCUGACUCCUCGGGAGAAGAAAUGGAGGAAUCUAGACAUUCGGUUGAUUCAGAAUCUCCAGCCAAUCGGCCUGCACCCAAAAAGACACAGAAAGAAUUGUCUUUGCGCGAACUCCAGGCCAACAUAAUCGAUGCUGUCACUGCAAAGAUAAACGAAAGAGCCGAUGAUUCUGGAGAAAAUGCUACGCGAAAACACAUAAAAAAUCGUUGACCUCGAGACCUCUCUGAAUCAUGCAUACGAGAGUAUAGAAGAGCUUAAACGUGCAAACACUGCAACCUCUGAUAAAUGCACUGCACAGGAGAAGACCAUAGCUGACAAGGGCUUGUCGGAAGCAGAGCGAUACCGGAGAAGGUGGGGGCUGCGGCUUUACGGUGUCCCAGAGGACCAUGGUGAGAAUGUGAAGCGCAUAGUAAGUGACAUCUGUAACCGUGUGGCUCUGGACUUCCCCGAAGGAUAUAUGGACAUGGCUGUGGAUGUCACUCAUCGUAUUGGGUAGAAGCAAGAUGCCAUCAGCAGCCGCUCGAUCAUCAUCCAGUUCGCUUUCCGCACAGCUAGAGAUGCAGUUUGGAAGAAAGCAAAGGAAAGUAGAAAUGUAGAUUCGGUAAGGACCUGAUUGCAGCAGACAAGGCAGCAAAGGCAAAGUUGUGGCCUCUCGUCCAACAGGCCCGAAAUCAAGGAAGUGGUGCAUACUACAGGGGAAUCAGAGCCUUUUUCGCCGACGGAAAAUAA